GCGGGGCCAGGAAGCGCCGAAGGAACCGCCGGGGGCCAUGGACGGGGCCGUGAUGGAAGGGCCGCUGUUUUUGCAGAGUCAGCGUUUCGGUACCAAGAGAUGGAGGAAGACCUGGGCGGUGCUCUACCCGGCCAGCCCCCACGGCGUCGCGCGGCUCGAGUUCUUCGACCACAAGGGGCCGAGCUCUGGAGGGGGCCGAGGGGGCUCGCGCCGCCUGGACUGCAAGGUGAUCCGUCUGGCAGAGUGUGUGAGCGUGGCCCCGGUGGCCGUGGAGAGCCCCCCUGAGCCUGGCGCCGCAGCCUUCCGCCUGGACACCGCACAGCGCUCCCACCUGCUGGCGGCGGACGCGCCGUCUAGCGUCGCCUGGGUGCAAACGCUGUGCCGAAACGCCUUUCCGAAAGGCAGCUGGGCUCUGGCGCCUGCUGAGAACCCACCCAAGCUUUCUGCCCUGGAGAUGCUGGAGAACUCGCUGUAUAGCCCCGCCUGGGAAGGAUCCCAGUUCUGGGUAACUGCGCAGAGGACUGAAGCCGCCGAGCGCUGUGGCCUGCAUGGCUCCUAUGUGCUGAGAGUGGAGGCUGAGAAGCUGACUCUCCUGGCCGUGGCGGCCCAGAGUCAGAUAUUGGAGCCACUCCUUUCCUGGCCCUACACCCUGUUGCGUCGCUAUGGCCGCGACAAGGUCAUGUUCUCUUUUGAGGCUGGUCGCCGCUGCCCCUCCGGCCCUGGAACCUUCACCUUUCAGACAGCACAGGGGAAUGACAUCUUUCAGGCAGUGGAGAAUGCUAUCCACCGGCAGAAGGCCCAGGGAAAGGCUGUCCAGGGGCAGGAUGUUCUCAGAGCUGAUUCCCAUGAAGGAGAAGUGGCGGAGGGGACGUUGGCUUCUCCCCCCGGCCCCCAGGAACUGCCAGGCAACCCUCCAGCUGUGUACGCUGAACCCUUAGACUCCCUGCGCGUUCCUCCACGCCCUUCCCGAGAUUCCCUCUACUCAGACCCCCUGGACAGCACUCCUGCUCGGGCAGGGGAGGGGGCACAGUUGAAGAAACCGCUCUAUUGGGACUUGUAUGAGCAUGUGCAGCAGCAGCUGCUGAAGACCAAGUUGACAGAUCCCAAAGAAGACCCCAUCUACGAUGAACCUGAAGGCCUGGCCCCCGCUGCUCUCCGGGGCCUCUACGAUCUGCCUCAGGAGCCCAAGGAUGCAUGGUGGUGCCAGGCUCGGGUGAAGGAGGAGGGCUAUGAGCUCCCCUACAAUCCCGCCACUGAUGACUACGCUGUGCCACCCCCUCGGAACACAAAGCCCUUCCCAGCUCCCAAGCCCCAGGGCCCGGCCUUCUCUGAAGCUCGGGCUGCAACUGGCAGUGGCAGCAAAGGCCACAGCUCAGACACUGCCCUAUACAGCCAGGUCCAGAAGAGUGGAGCCUCGGGGAGCUGGGACUGUGGGCUCUCUGGAGUGGGGACUGACAAGAUGGGGGUCAAGUCGGAGGACUCAACAUGAGAAGGAGGGCGAGGCUGGGGGUGCUGCCAGGAGGUGGCACUGGGGGUCAAAGAAACCUAUUAAAACCAGCAGGAACCAGAGGGACAUGCGUGAGACCAGGGGACAAAGGGAGUCAAGGGAAAGAUCUGUCCCACGAAGUCAUGGAUGGAAGUGGGACAGGUGGCAGGGCCUCGGGGAUGGGAUCUGGGGGAGGCCAGCACCUCUAAGUCAUCCCCACCAAAGGAAGGCAUAGCUGGUGGACCAAGUCUCUGGAAAGGGGUGUUUGGUCUGAGUAGAUGCAGUUUGAGGGGCCUGGAUGGGCUACAGGGAGACACUGGGCUGUGUCUGGAUCCUUCUCCCUGCGUUGUUCUUUGCCAGAGAUAUAUUUUUAAAAAAGUUUUGUUCUCAUUAAAGUUAGUGUGGGUUUCAGA